UAUGGUAUUGCACAAUAUUGACAGCCACUCAUAGAUAUUACUUUUUAUAAAUAUACACUUUUUUGUGUGCAUACCUAAUGUUAUGGUAAGCUUCUCUCACUGUGAUGGUUCAUUUAAUACCUAGCAGUUCACACUUUCACUAAUUAUAUUUAUCAUUAGUUUGUAAAAGUAAAUCUCUGCUGUAAGUAUGGAUAUGUAUGAAGUGUAUGUUAAAGCAGUGUCGUUUUCUGCGGGUUGUGCAUCCACUGCAAUGAUGUUAACGCCUCUGUUAGUAUGCAAGGAGAUUGUGAAGAGAAAGACGUCUGACAAUGUCAAUUUAUCUACAUUUGUUGGUGCACUUUUUAGAAGUUCACUAUUUUGUCGUCAGGGUUUCAUUUUAAAUUUACAGACAAUGAUGUUUGUUCAUGGAAUGGGACUAUUAAUUAAUACAUUUUACUUAGCGCUUUAUUGGUAUUACUCAAGUAAAAAAAUGAAUAUAAUAACAACACUUUUUAAAACCACAUUAUUGACUUCAGUUCUCCUGACAUAUUCAUUCAUAGAAUCAACAGAUUUAGUUGUGACUCGAUUCCCAAUUAUAGUAUCAAUCAUUCACUUGUCACUAAUGGGUUGGCCAUUACUUUCAGUUAGAGAAACUAUAAAAACAAAAAAAUGGUCCGGACAUCCAAAGCCAAUUUUGAUAAAUUCUAUUGUUCUCUGUAUUUUAUGGCUUCUGUAUAGUAUCAACAUACAAAAUAUUAUCAUUUUUACUCAAUGUUCAGUAGCACUCAUAUUUAGCUCGACACAAUUAGUAUUAUGGGCAAUUUACCCAGCAGAAAAAAUUCAACGCAAUAAAAUGGAAAAACAUGAAUGAUUACUGUUGUUAUAGUUUUACAAUUUCUUGUUAUAAUUUUAAUAAAUAUUUGAUUUCAUAAAAUAAAAAAAAAUAUCAUUUUAACAAUGUUAACUAUAAAUCGACUCCUUAAUUUUGUCCAACACAUAUAAUAAAUAAAACAAUGCAAAGUAGACAAAAAAAAAAUGUAUUACUAAUUAUAAUUAUUGUGGAAAUCCAGUUCUUUGAAUGUAAUUCACAGUUUAUAUAAAAGGGUAAAGUAAAUACAAAUUUAAUGGCUAUGGUACUAUGAACAACAGUAGGCUUAAUGACAAUAACCCUUUUAUAAAAAGAGCUGGAAACAUUGUGAGAACUAAUUUGUUUUGUUAUCAAUCAUAUAAAAAUACUUAAGCGUUGAAUGAAGCUAAGAAA